GGCGGUCGGCAGGGGGAGUCGCCGGCGGCGCAUGCGCGGAGGCUUCGGCUGCUCCUCCGGGCACGCGCUGGGGAGCUCAGGGUCAGCGGGUGCGGUGGUGGUAGCGUGGGGUUGGCGGCUUGGGCCAUCUCCGUUGCGCGCUACGCUUUGUCCCGGCGGAUCCUCGCCUCGGGCGGCAGCGACUUGAUAUUUGCAAGUUCCUUGCCUUGACAGUAAUCAUCAUGGAUCGCGUGUUCUUAACAGAAGACAAAGCCAAUUCUGUGUUAAAAAGAUACCCGAGAGCCAACACAUUCCUGGAAGAAAUAAAGCAAGGUGACAUAGAACGUGAAUGCAGAGAAGAAAUCUGUAGCUAUGAAGAAGCAAGAGAAGCAUUUGAAAAUGAGGAAAAGACGAAGGAGUUCUGGAAAGUCUACAAAAACGGACUUCAGGGAGAAAGUAACACAGGACAUACCUGGUAUUCAUUUUACCUUGCAUUUCCAUUAAUCAUUGGCCUUUUCAUUAUCCUCAUUGUCAUUUUUGUCAUAUGGAGAUGCCUGUUUAAAAAGAAAAUGCGUAGACAGUCGGUGUACAUGCAUAGGGGAGCCCACGAAGCGAUGGGUGAUGGUGCUGUGGCUGAUGGCAGAGGUCCUCUUCCGCCGCCUCUCAGCAUUGUUCAUUCCCCACAGGAGGAAAUGUAUGAAGUCAGUGGGCUCUCUCCAGGAGAUCUGAGCUAUAUGGAUGGACGGUCAGACUCAGUAUCCACAAGGCUCUCAAACUGUGAUCCUCCUCCUUCAUAUGAGGAAGCCACUGGUGAAAUCAGUAUAAGAAGAAGUGAAACUGAACAACGUUUAGACCCCCCCCCAAAGUAUGAAGACAUUGUGAAUUGUAGUUCAGCCGGUGCAAUUGCACUAUCUCCUAUUGUCACCAGUACUAAGUAAAACAGGAAGAAUGCUAUGGACUUUUUAAAAAUUACUAAUCAUUUUGUAGCACUUUAUCUUGGCUUAUUAUGCAUUUCUGUAAUUUAGUGGACUUGUAUGAUGAACUUCACUUUGGGUUUAGAUCCACUUUUUCUUUGGGUUUGGGAUUUUUUUCCCUUAUGGCAGGUCUUAAAAAUUAAGGACUCUGCAUUGAGAGUAUAGUGCAGAUACAAACGUGGUGCUCUGUCAUAUAUCUCAAAAGCAGGUCUGUGGUGAGGAUGGCACUUAUUUUAGUCCAAAUAUUGUCCACGUUCCCCACAUUCCAUUUAUGGAAUCUCCCCUUUCUUACUGCAGACUGUCAGAAUUGCCUGAAAUAGGGAAUCCUUAAGCAGCAUUUUAGACAGCUAUUUACACUAAAGGGGACUGAUUUUGCAGUAUUGCCUUUUGCCCAGUUGGUUCCUUUUUCUCACUUGGAUUUUUUGUUACAAUUUGCACUCUAUCAUGGGCCCUUGAAGCAGUAAGCCAUUGUGUUCAAACCGGUAUCUCAUUAAGAGUAUGCUGGUGUAAUAGCAAUAAUUUCCGAGUCCUAGCACAAGAGGUGUAUUCUAAAGCUUUUGCUAUUACAACUCAAAAUUCUGUAAAUGUUUAGAAGCUAACAAUCCAAGACACUACUUAGUGAAUUUAAUACUGUACUACUUUUGUCCAUGUUCUGACUUUCCUCUCUGUUUUCAUAUCUGUUUUUACUUGUGUAUUCUAGAGGUGAGGAGUGUGUGUAUGUUAAGUUUAGAACUUGAAAGUUCAUGCAACAGUAAAUAAUGAAAUACUGAAAUACAUGAGUGGAUAAAAUCCUGAUAGUAGUCUUCCUACCAUAGUCUUCACUGAGACCAGGAUAUUAUCCAUAAACUCAGAAACCCAUAGAUAUUACUUUCCUUCUAAAAGGGGGAAAAAAGGAAAAGCAUUCAGUGUAUGUGUGUGACUUUUUUUUCCCCAAGCUGUGAAAUAAAAACCUCUUCCUCAAA